AUGGUGCCGCGCUUCUUGGAAGGAGCCGUGGUGCCCUUGGCCUAUACCAAGUCCUUUGCCACCGUAGUUCUGGCCGCCCUCUCCGCGGUGGGGGCACCGGUGCGACGCAGGGGCAAGGAGCAACUGCGCAUCCUUUGCAUCGGCUUGGGGGGUGGCUCCGUUCCGUCCUUCAUUGCCGAAGGCUUACCCCAUUGUCAAGUGGAUGUGGUUGAGUUGGAGCCGGCCGUGAUCCAUGCUGCGAAGCAGGGUAUGGGAUUUUCCGAACGGCCGAACCUGAGAGUCAUCCAGGAGGAUGGAGCGAUGUUUGCUUUGCGUGCAGUCAAGGAGCAGGCUCACGAGGCCAAGGAGAAGGGUCUCUACGAUGCGGUUCUUGUCGAUGCCUACGAGCCGAAUGGCAAUGUCCCUGCGGCUUUGUGGAGCAGGGGCGAGGGUCUUGCAGAAGCGCUCGCCGGCGGCUUGCUGCGGCCGCAGGGCGUGGUGGCCACCAACUUCCUGCCACACGUGGAUCUGGCAGCACCUCUGGCAGCCUACGGCAAUGCCUUGGCAAAUCGGCCAGGGAUCAGUUUUUCCAUUCAGGUCAACAAGGCCAUCAAGUUGGAGAAUGAUCUGGAGCAAUUGUUCGAGACAGUGGAGGGCACUGGAAACCGUAUUGCCGUCCACGCCUGCGGUCUCUCCGCGCUUAGCGAAGCGGAGCUGGAAGAGCGGCUCCUGGAGGAAGCGAAGAAGGUGGGCAAGGAGACGAGCUGUUUGUGGGAUAUGCCUGACCUGGCUUGUCGAGGUUUGCGUACUUGGAAAUCUGAGAUCAAGCAAGACAAUGAUGUCGAUUUGUUCACAAUUAAAUAGUGAAA